UGAAAAAAUGUAAAAGAAACGUGUUGCUAGUUGAGGUUAUAGUACUUAUUGUAAGUAAAAAUGUAUUUAAAUAUAAUAUUAUUUCAUGAAAAAUGUGUUAUUAUAUCGAAUAAUAUGUCUAAACUAUUCACUAAAGAGGAAAUAUAUCAAUAAUAAAUCUACUGAUAAACUGAACUAGUAAAAUUUAUAAAAAUUGCUACAUCAGCAAGGCUAGGCCUUAACUAAGAAAAUAAUAUUGUUGGAGAAAAUGGUUUUGAGCUAAGUUUGCUUGAAAAUAUGAAUAAUUCGUAAGUUUGAGAUUACACUAUCACCACAACUAAAGAUUUAACCCAGCCUCUGAAAAUGAUAGUUUGCGUUAAUGAUGUUGUUGUACCUGGAGAUGUGGUAGGAGGUAUUACUGGUUUAGAUGAUAAAUCAAGAGUUAUAUUAGGACCCGGACUUAGAAGAUGUGCUGAACAAGUAAUUGUUUGCAAGAGUGGAUUAUUGAAGAAGAUUAACCAGACAUUCUAUGUCGAUUCUCACCAAAAGCGAUACAUUCCAGUUCGAGGAGAAGCAGUUGUAGGAAUUGUAUCAAGCAAAGCAGGUGACUUUUUCAAAGUUGACAUAGGAGGCAGUGAACAGGCUUCGCUACACUAUUUGGCUUUUGAAGGCGCUACCAAGAAAAAUAGACCUAACUUAAAUGUUGGAGACACUCUGUAUGCAACUGUUCUUAGUGCAAGUAAGGACAUGGAACCAGAGUUAGUGUGUAUAGAUUCUACUGGCAAGAAAGGUAAAAUGGGAGUCAUAGAUCCAGAUGGAUUUCUGUUUAUAUGUAGUCUUAAUCUAAUAAGAAAAAUUCUUAAUCCUAAAUGUCUUUUGUUGAAGUAUCUGGGAAAAGAAGUUGCAUAUGAAAUUGCUAUUGGUAUGAACGGCAAAGUAUGGGUAAAAGCUAAAAAUGUGAAGACAACUAUUGCUAUUGCAAGUGCGGUUCUAGCUGCAGAACACGCUCCUUAUGAUGAAAUUGUUUCUAACACAAACGAUAUUUUGAAUAAACUUCUUUUGUAAUGUAGGUAACUAUCCUUAACGAAGACACAGUAUUGAAAAUGAAGUUGCGAUAAAUUUGAAUAUUUUUUUUAUUUGAAGAAGAAACAUUAUAAUUUGUAUAAAUACACUUUAUUUGUGAAAAUGUA